UAUUUAAAUCCCCUCUCCCCUAAAAAAGAUGUAGUCACUUCUAUAAUGGCGCUGGGUUGGGUGAAGUUGUGUCUUUUGGCAAGUUUAAGUACAUUUUUGAAUAGAACACAUGCCUUGGCAGUGUCAAAACAAUGUAUGAUGGAUACCAAUACUUUCCUGAGAGAAAUAAACCAGGACAAGCCUAAGGAAUAUGCAGUUGUCAUGUAUGAUGCUUUUGGAAAGAUGGGCAGUAAUGUUGAAGGAGGUUCUGCCAACCAGCCGGGCUUGCUGCAGCAGUGUCGCUCUGCCCAUAGCCCCACCUUUUCGGGACAGUACUGUCAAGUCUUCCUCUUGCAGGGAACAAUCCAGUAUUUUGUUGGUAUUUGUGUUCCUGAUUCUUGUGACGAAGAGGAGGUACAAACGUUGGUUCUGUACGAUACUUUCAAGUAUGGCCACAAGUCCCUCAUUCCUCCUUUACCUUCUAUUUUGGUCAACGAUUCUACCCAGGAGUUGAUCAUGACACAUUGCUUGUCAAAGACGGUUACUUCUGAUGCAGCAGAUGUUACGUGCCUGUUUGUGUGUUGCCUAUUGAUAGUGGUUCCCCUCGCAGCAACCCUGUUCACAGCAACAAUUAGAUGGCAAAGGAACAGAGCCGUCACGCCGAGUGAAGAGUCCACAAGUUUAAACACUGACAUCGAUAUGUACGGGACUCCGAAGUAUAAUGGUUCUACGGGUGGAGAGAUAAAUGGUUGCCCAAUUGAGGAAACUGACAGCAUCAGUCGUGGCUCUUCGUAUUUUUCUCAAAGCUGCUUCUACCAAUGUUUGAAGGCCUUCUCCCUUCAGACGACCAGUCGAGGCAUCUUCAGCACUUCCUCCACAAGGGUCCCCGAAGGCGGCUACUCCUCCUUGAAUGGCAUCCGUGUUCUCAGCCUGUUAUGGAUCAUGUGCGGCCAUUCCGCGCAGUUCCCUGUGAUAAAUAACCUUGAUAACUACAAAGACUGGAAGAAAACAGUCGAAAGAAGCCCUCUGUAUGUGUUUUCUCUCAGCGGACCAGUUUUUCUGGCAGUAGACACAUUCCUUCUGCUGGGGGGUCUACUUAGCGCCAGGUCCCUACUUAACUCGAUACAAAGAGCUGAAGACAAACUGAGUCCGGGUCUGGUGUUGGGCUACCUAUUCAGGAGGUUGAAAAGAAUCCAGCCGCUGCAUCUCUUCAUAAUGUGUCUCACCAUUGGCCUUAUCUCUGUGGUCCACUGGGGUCCUUACUGGUUUCCAUUCAUAGACAACGUGAUGGAUUGUAAAACAUACUGGUGGGGGAACUUGCUGUUGAUUAGCAAUCUACUACCAGUCCAUGAGAUAUGUGUUCCUUGGACGUGGUACCUCUCUUUGGACUUCCAGUGUUAUGCCACCACUCCUCUACUGGUAUAUUUUUACAGAAUGAACAGAUGUGUUUUUGCAGUCGUGGCAGGAGGCCUCCUGUUGACGACCAUGUUGGCUAGUUCUGUUGUAACUGGACUCCUGCGACUCCCCGUCUUCCAGCCUUCUACACUGACAUCGGAGAAUUACGUCUUGUAUUAUUAUGUAAAACCUCACACCAGAUAUGGACCAUUUUUGAUAGGAAUCUUAACGGGAAUAUACUUAACCAGUAGAAAAGGCCAACUGUUAAAGCACAAGUGGCAGGCAGUGCUGGGUUGGUUGUGUUGUCUGUCAAUCUUGGCAGUAUUGAUUGGCUCGGCUUACGCCCUCAAGGGGAACUCGGCUCACCCUUCUGUGCCACAGGCGCUCUACCAGGGACUGCACAGACCAGUCUGGGCUCUGGCUAUCACCUGGAUCAUCCUGGCCUGCGAGGAGGGAUAUGGAGGUAUAAUCUGUAGUGUCUUAUCGUUUGGUGGCUGGGUUCCGCUCGCCAACAUCAGUUUUGCGUGCUACUUGGUACAUCCCGUCUUCAUCCUCCUCUAUAUCGGUCUACAAGAGACGCCCAUCCACUACACAGACCUCAACUUUAUGUACCUGUUCCUGGGACACCUGGUGCUCACAGUAGCAGCUGGCUUUGUUUUAACCGCGCUGAUUGAGAAGCCCUACGUACUCCUGAAAUGGAAACGUAAAUAAAUAGAGACAUCAAGAACACACAAUUAAAGCAAUUAAGCC